AUGGCCGGCCGCGAGGUAGGCGACUGCGGCGGAGAGGGAGAGGAGCCGCCGGCCCGUGAGCUCCCCGACGACAUCACGGACGAGAUCCUGCUCCGCCUGCCGUCGCGCUCCGCGCUGGCGCGCGCCGCGGUGGCGAGCUGCGCGUUCCGCGCGCGCGUCUCCUCCCUGCGCUUCCUCCGCCGCCACCGCUCGCUGCACCGAUUGGACCCCGGCUCGCUCCUCGGGGUCUUCACGUUCCCCCUCGUCCCCGACGGCGCGCGCGGCGGCGGCGGCACGGGCUUCCACCCCGCCGAGCCGCCGCACCCGGCGGCGUCCGCCGCCAGCGCCGUCGCCGCCGCGGCCGACUUCUCCUUCGGCUUCCUCCCGGCCGCGGCGGCGGACCCCUCCGCCGCGGCUGGGUCUGAGGCGACCGCGACGGCCGAGUGGAUGGUCCGGGACUACCGCGACGGCCGGUUCCUCCUCGACCGCGUGCCGGCGGCCACCGGGAGCACCGUCUUCACCGAACUCGCCGUCUGCGACCCGCUGUCCCGCCGCUACGUCCUGCUCCCACCCAUCCCGGACGACCUCGCCGACACCGUCCACAGCGUGCUCACCGUCUUCGGCGGCCGCCGCGCGUGCGAGCCCUUCCUCGCGCCCGCCGAGGCCGCGGACGCGGACCCGCCCCUCACCGUGUUCUGGACGGCCCGCUCCCCGAGGAAGAUGAUCGCCUUCGCCUUCUCGUCGCGCGACGGCCGGUGGCGCGCGCUCGAGUCGCCGCACUGCUUCGUCUGGCGCAGGCACCGCUCCCCGUUCAGCUGCCCCAUCAGCGCCGUCUGGAACCGCCGCCACUACGCGCACGGCCGCUUCUACUGGGUGGACUGCCUCACCAGCCGCUGGCUCGUGCUCGACGCGCGCACCAUGGAGCUCUCCCUCGAGGUCAUCCCGUCGCCGGCCGGCUACUGGGAGGAGCACGUCGCCGUCGUGGAGGCUCCGGACGGGAAGCUGGGCGUCUUCGCACACGGCUUCCACCACCCCGGCGGCAAAGCCAAUCUGCACUACUAUACGAUCGUGCACGACACGGAAGCCGGCGGCAGCGACGCGCGGCGGUGGCAGCUGGAGAAGACGAUCCCGCUGCCGUGGCCGUCAGACCACCGCCCUUUCUGCCUCCGGGGCACGGGCAACGGGUGCGUCAUCAUUGAAGUCAGCGAGGAAAAACCAGUAUUCAUGGCGAGCCACCGCGUCAGGGACGCUGAGCUCUUCAAGAUCGACGUCAAGAGUUUCCAGCUCCAGAAGAUCUGCCGGGCACGGUGCGCCGGCAGCGCUGCCGGCGAGUGCUGCUGGCCAUACUUUGGUUUCCCGCCAUCGCUGUCGUUGCCCACUGUGUGA